AUGAUAGGAGUUGCUUGCCUGGGGUUUUAUAAAAAAAAUUUUUUUUUAUUAUUAUUAUUUGGUUUACUUUCUUUUAAGUUGAAGUUGGGUCGUUUUUUCGUUGGUGACUUGAAUGCAAGAAGUCAGGUUUUGAAAAAUGGAAAAAAAAAAAAAAAAAUAGAGGAAGAAAAAUUUUCUUCUUUUUCUUUUGCUCCAUUGAGAAACCUGCUAAUAAAAAAUGCGUGCCAUCUCCCAUACUACAACUACAGUACAACGCAUUUUGUACAGUAUAAAUCAAUGGCUUGUAAAUUUGAUUCACAAUUUUCUUUUUUCUGUUCUCACAUACACGUCUCAGUAUUUUUCAUUGCUCCAAUUUUUGUAGCGAUUUACAUGUAA